CUGCGGUGUGGACCAAGGUCACUGUCACCCUGGCUUUGCCCCGGAGGCCAUGGAGCUGAGACCUGACACCAGCCACAAGGAGAAUGUGCCCCCCAGGCCGGCCACGCCCCUGGGGCCCCUCACAGGACAUAACUGUCCUCUUUUUAGAGCAAUGGAGACUCCAGAAGAGCCUGGCCAGUACACAUGGCCGGUGGGUGCCCGUGGGCCAGGCCGAGAGCAGGGGGCUGCCACCACACCAUCCCCGGGAGCAGCGCUGUGCCAGGAGCCCUGCCGAGUCCAGAGCAACCUGACCAGCCCCAGCCUGGGCCUCGCCCUGAGGGACACGCCCGGCAGCUGCAACUUGCAGCCCCUGGCCGGGAGGCCCCAAGGAAGACCCCAGGCAUUUGCCAUCCAGCAGAGCGACCUGAGCGUCAGGGAGACCAGCGUGGCUGAGUGGGGACGUCGCCUCUGGUACCUCCCGCCUGAGAUCCCAGUGUGGCUUGUGGGGGAACCCCUCAUCCUGGGGUACCUGGCUGCCCCUGCCCAGAGCCGGACUCGGGCUCCGUCCCAAGUUGCCAUUCACCAGCUGCUGGCUUCUGUGCAACGCCUGGAGCGUGAGGCAGUCCGUCUCGGGUGCCAGGCACCCUGGGAACCCCCAGGCCCUGUGCAGCAGGAGUCCUGGACUGGAGCUGGCCAGAUACUCCCUGCUCACCCCCAGCCCAGCCAGCCUGUGCUUGCUUCCUGGGAUGAGAGGAGGAAACAUUCCCAAGGUUUCAGGGAAACUGCAGGUUUCCCGGAAGCACCAGGGGUCCAGGAUGGUCUCUCAGACUCUCAGGCAAGCAGCAAGCCUGCAUCACUGGAGACUACCUUGGAGAUGCUUCCCGGGGUUGCCCUUGACCCUGAGCAAUGGGUCCUUCCUGGCCAUCCUGUAAGACGAGGAGAGAAGUGCUCCACAGGGACUACAUACGGCAGGGGACAGAGGGAGGACCCCCUGCUCCCUCAAGGGGCAGGCAGCAGGGAGGCCAGACUCUGCUCUUCAGCCUCGUCCAGUUCAGCCCAGGGCAUCCUCCCUGGGCAGGAAGGAGGGGACAGGACCCCACGGGAGCAGGUCGGCAGGGAAGAAGAGAGGCCGGCUUCUGGUCUGCCAGACACGGCCCCCGUGAGGAGUGCCCUGCAGGAACACAGCCAGAAACACUGUGAGCCUGGAGCUGUCCUGCAUUCAUUCCCCUGCCCCCAGGAGCUCUCUUGUCUGGGAUUUCCAAGGCUAGCCCUCCAUAGAGGGAAGUUCUCCCGGGGUCCAGCCAGCUCUCCUGCCGCAGCGUGGAGCAUCACCCUCCAUGCUGGAAAGGCGACGCGGGUGCUGCUGAGCCACCAGCUCUCCCUGGGACUGGGGACUGGGCCCAUCCCCUGGUCAGCCUGGUCUGUCCCCAGCCGGCAGUGGCUGUCCAGAUGUUUCAGAGCGUGUCGGCACUGGGCGCAGAGGAGGCGGGCAAUGGCAGCGGCCAUGACGCUGGGCUGCUGGCAGCUGUUGCGCAGGGGCCUACGGGCGCCGCGGUGGACACUGUGGCUCCGGCAGGCCCAGCUGGAGGCGGUGUGGGGACGACAUACGCAGGCCCUGCUGGCGCGGACCUUCCAAAAGUGGAGAAACUUGAUUCAGCAGCAGAAAAAAGGGUGGCUUCACAUCCAGGCUGGGCCAGGACCCCCAUCCUCCGGGGGAGGCCAGGACCGAGACCCCUCAGGAAGGAAGCCGGUGGUGGACACCGCCUGGAGAAGCAGGUGGUCUGGGACACCCCAGGUCAGUCAGUGUGACCUGGGCAGUGCCAGUGCCUUCCCUCCCUCCUCGUCCCCCGUUUCCCCUCCCCCACAAGAGAAUGAGGAUAAAACCAGCACAUGUGGACCAAGAUUUGUGCAAAAGGAUGUCCAUCACGGCGUUAUUUACACUUCGCCAGAAGGAGGAGACAGGGGAGUCCAGAUCCUGCAGGCUGGUAAGUUGUGGGUCUUCCUCCUGUGGUGCCAUCAGAAGGAAUGGGCCAGGCAGGAGAAGGGGGUCCAGGGAGAGGCCUCCGGGGCCGUGCUGAGGGCUCAGAGGAUGGAGAGGCCCCCCCAGGCCUGGUGCUCUCCUGCUGCAGAUGCAGCCUGGGUGUCCCCACUGGACACCCAGUGCCAGAGGGCCUGGCUCUGCAAGUGCUUUGGGGCCUGGCAGCGGUUCGCGCAAAGAGGGACCCGGUACCGGGACCACAUGGCCACGCGGGCAGGGACCCUGAGGGUGUGCCUGCAGCAGUGGGUGCAGACGAAGCAGCUCCAGGCCUCAGAUGGGGCGAAGGUGACCCAGCUGUCCCUUUGUUGGCGGGAGGCAGGGAACAUGGCCCUCCUCAGCUCAGCCCCUGGGGGGGGGGCCACAGCCCAUGGCCUGGGGGUGGUGGCCCAGGCCCAGGCGCUGCCCCGGGAGCAAGGCCGGGGAUCUCUGCAGGAAGCCGGCCGGAAGCUGGCCCUCCACCGGGCGCUGCUGCUCUGGAGGACGCAGCUCUCCCAGCGCCAGCGGGCGGACUCCUUCUUCGAGGGCGUGCAGCAGCGGGCGCUGCGUCACAGCCUGAGGGGUUGGCGCCUGAGGGCAUGGGAUCCAGGCAGCGCCAGGACCACCUUGGCCCCAGCGGUUCUGGGCGGCGUCCUGGGAGGGGAGGCCCUGCCAGGCCGCAGGACACCCCACAGCUCCCUGGAGCAGGACUCCACACCUCCUUCCCCAGGCUUCCCGGGCCCCCGCCCUCCUGGAGGCGUUCCGGGUGAGCUUAUGUGGGCAGCUGGGCGGCGGCAGCAGGGGCAGCACCUUCUGCUCUGGCAGGCGCAGGCCCAGCAGUCCCAGGGCGCGGCAAGGCAGCACCAGCACACCCUUCAGAGGCGGGGUCGUGAUGCCCUUUGCUGUCAGGACACACACCAGGGCCUCUCCCCUCAGGAGGAGGUACCUGCAGCGCUGGCGCCUUGAGGCACUGCUUCGCCGGCUCCGGGGUUCCCUGCAGGCCGCCCAGGCAGCUGCAUGGCAGCGCUGGAACCCAGCUUCCCUGAUCGCAGGCCUGUGCGUCUGGCCCAGGGCAGAGGGAAGGGCCUCCUCUUCCCUCGAGGGCAGAAGGAGCUGGGCCCCGGAGUUCCUCCAGCACUGACAGCACACACCCAGGAGGGAGCCAAAGAGCUUCCUGCUCCCCGAUUCCAGGCCUUUGAAACAUGGCACCAGCGUCUGGCAGCCAGGGGCCUGAGGGGCAGAGCCAGCAGCAGUGGGAGGCCUCGGAGCAGGCAGGAAGCCACCAGAGCCCCUGUGCUUGGUGGACUUGGGGUGAAGCAGGGGGCCCAGCAGCAGCUGUGACCCGCU